AGCAGCUAUCCAGGAAGUUGACUCCCGCUGUUACUCAAGUCUGCGACUGCUUUUUACAUACGGUGCCUUCUUGCUAGCUAUAACCUCAACUAGCUGGAUUUUGCCGGGCAUGGCUACGUUCAUUUCGGUCCCGUUAAAAAAGUGUGAGGAAGUGGAUCUGGUAAAACCACUGUCAAAAUUUAUCACGUCCAUUUAUGCGGUAAGAGAAGACCAGACAAACCAUAUCCGUGCAGUGGAGGAGCUGAACAAGCUGCGUAAAAGUGCUCUGGGGAGGCAGCUGGACAGGCACGAAAGGUCCCUGGAGAUUCUACUCAGGUAUUAUGAUCAGCUCUGUGCUGCUGAACCAAAAUUCCCUUUCUCAGAAAACCAGCUGUGCUUGACAUUCACAUGGAAAGAUGCUUUUGAUAAAGGAUCUCUGUUUAGUGGUCCUGCUAAGCUGGCCCUGGCCAACCUCAGGUAUGAGAAGACGUGUGUGCUAUUCAAUAUCGGAGCUCUGGCUAGUCAGAUUGCCUCUGAGCAGAACCUGGACAAUGAUGAGGGUCUGAAAACUGCGGCAAAACUCUACCAGCUGGCCAGUGGGGCCUUUUCUCACAUCAAGGCCACAGUUCUGUCAGCUCUGAGCCAGGAGCCGACUGCUGACAUCACUCCGGACACCACCAGUGUGCUGAGUCACAUCAUGCUGGCCCAAGCUCAGGAGGUGGUUUUCCUCAAAGCCACUGCAGAUAAAAUGAAAAGUGCCGUCAUUGCAAAGCUAGCCAAUCAGGCUGCAGAUUUGUAUGCUGAAGCCUGCAGACAGUUCCAGUCCAAAGAGAAUCUACCAAAGGAGAUUUCCUCGAUCCUGGCCGCCAAGCACUGUGUCAUGCUGGCCUAUGCUGAGUACCACCAGUCCACCCUGGCUAAGCAGAAACAACAGUUUGGGGAGGAGAUUGCUCGGCUGCAGAAUGCAAUAAGCCAGUUGAAAACAGUAACGUCUCGCUAUAAUGAGUAUGUCAACGUGAAGGAUCUGUCAGACAAGAUCACUCGUGCUUUGUCGGCUGCAAAGAAAGACAACGAUUUCAUCUACCAUGACCGUGUACCAGAAACAAAAGAUCUGGACCGCAUUGGAAAGGCUUCCCUGGUGAAGCCGACAGCCAUUCAGAUGCCCAUAAGCCAGAAGUUUACUGACUUAUUCCAGAAGAUGGUACCCCUGGCUGUGCAGCAUUCUUUGAGCAUAUACAACCAGAGAAAGGCAGAAAUGGUCAACCGCCUCAUCGGCAGCAUGAGAGAGGCUAGUAGUCUCUGCAGUGGAGUUCUGGCCUCCCUGAACCUUCCUGCUGCCCUAGAGGAUUUCUCGGGAGACUCCGUACCCCCAUCCAUCCUGGAAAAGUCCCGCUCCAUCAUCCAGCAGGGGGGGCAACAGAGCAUUGAGGGCCUCAUGAAAAACCUGCCGGACAUGCUGCAGAGGAACAAGGAGAUCCUGGACGAGGCGCUGAGAAUGCUGAAUGUGGAGGAGUCAACAGAUUGUGAACUCAGAGCCAAAUUCGGCCAACGUUGGAACAGAACGCCCUCUGGGGAGCUUUACAAGCCUUUAAGAACAGACGGAAUGAACUUUAACAGCCUUCUGGAUAAUACGCAGAAGUCGGACAGUCUGCUGCCUGAGCGGUACGCCAUCCACAGCCCGAUGAUAGCCCUGCUCUGCAAGUCUGAGGCUGAGCUCAGAGCCGCCAUCCCUUCUGCUCACCCUGCCAAGACCCUGCAGGGCAGCGAGGUGGUGAGCGACCUGCGGACACAGCUGGACCAUCUGGACGAGAUGAAAAAAGAGCGAGAGCGAAUCGAGAGUGGCAUCAGGUCGGCGCAGUUCGAUAUGACUGCGACCUUCCUGAGUGCCCUGGCACAGGAUGGCACCAUCAGUGAGGAGGCCCUGUCUACCCGUCAGCUGGAGAGCACCUAUGGGGGAUACUCACAGGAGGUGCAGAAGAGCCUCCAGACCCAGCAGGAGCUUCUAACCAAUGUGCAGACGUUGCAUCAGAAGUUCUCCGGUAUGAAGCAGACAAGCACAGAGUCCAUGCAGAGGGAGGAAGUGAUGAUGAAAUUGGCAUCGGCUUAUGACAGUUACAUGGAGAUCUCCACCAGCCUACGGGAGGGCACCAAGUUCUACGCUGACCUCACAGUAGUCCUACUGAAAUUCCAGAACAACUGCAGCGAUAUAGUUUUUGCACGAAAAACAGAGCAGGAUGAUUUGAUGAAGGAGAUCCAGCUAACACUUGCACAGGAGCCUAGUGCACCUUCCAUCCCCCCAGCCACAACGAACCAGGCCAGCGCCAGCACCCCGAGCAGACCUACUCCUGCACCCAGAACUGUCUAUUCACAGAACAAGCCCACCCCACCACCCAGGCCUCCACCACCAUCCAUCCCACUAGCAGCCAAAUCUGCCCCACCCUCCAGCACUUCCCAACCCCAAGCUAGCUCUACCCCUGCCGCCAGCCCUGGCACAGACCAAACCAGUUCCACCACAUCUGUGGGAACGCCUGGGUUGACAUCGCAAGCACAAGGGCCUCCAUAUCAAACCUAUCAGGGAUACCCUGGGUUCUUCCCGAUGCCCAUGGGUUGGAGCCCCUUUCCCUAUGGUCAGUACAACAUGCCCUAUCUCCCCUAUCAGAGCCAAGGACAAGUUGGCUAUCCUGCAGCCUCUCCACCUCAGCCACAAAAUCAACCCAACUACCCCUAGGGGAAGCUCCUCAGGGCCAUAGGCCUACUUAAGCUAAAACCUCACUGACCUUCUAACAUAAGCAUGAUCUUUCCCCAUUACUUUGUUUUCGGUUUCUAAUCCUGUUAAAAACAACUUUUGUAUGUUCUCGCCGUAGCUUCCUUGGAAAGAAAAAAUGGUGUUUGGUGUUGGGAAAUACCAUUGAUAGCAAAAGCCAAUGUUGUCUUUUAGCACAGCCAACAAAUCCUCCUUUUUUGGUGAAUUUUGGUUAAUUUGUCCAUUCUUUAUUUUAAUGUUUUCUUAGAUGUCUAAUCUUUUUUGGGGCCAGAUAUGGAAGUUUAGUCAGCUUGGCUUCAUAUUUGUGUCUACUAUAAAACCAAUGAUAUCGAUAUCACAUGGUAAACUGACCAUUCAAAUUCUGUUUUUGUUAACAUAAACUGUGUGUUGUUUCUUGUUCCAUGAUUAAAACUACUGCAUUUCUUAUGAUAA